AUGGGAGAGGCUUGGGAAAGGAAGGAGGAUGAGGAAAAGCUGCCAGGUGUCUGGCAUCAAGGGGCGAUGGGUGCUGUCCAAGGCUGUUGGAUACGAGUGAGUGGGGAGGCGUGUGAGAGGCUUGGGAGAGGCAUGGGAGAGGCAUGGGAGCAGCAUGGGAGUCGCAUGGGAGCAGCAUGGGAGUCGCAUGGGAGCAGCAUGGGAGUGGCAUGGGAAAGGCAUGGGAGCAGCAUGGGAGUCGCAUGGGAGCACAGCAUGGGAGUGGCAUGGGAGUGGCAUGGGAGCAGCAUGGGAGUGGCAUGGGAGCAGCAUGGGAGUGGCAUGGGAAAGGCAUUCAAAAGGCAUGAGGUUCUGGUGGCACUUCUACCCCGUGUGCACCCAAGGAGCCGAAACGACCUUCAGGGUGGGUGGCACAGCUGGUGGCGCUUCUACCCGUGUGCACCCAGUGAGCCGAAACGACCGGCAGGAUGGGUGGCACAGCUGGUGCAGUUCUCGCCUGCUCUAGUUUCACCCGAGUUGCCACCUGUCAGGUGCCUUUCUCUGUUGCUUUCCUUCCACCUGAGAUACCACCUGAGUUACCACCUGGUGCGGAAGGGCAUUCAGGAGAUCAACAUCGUGGGGGACUCGCACCAGCGCGUUCUGUCCUUUCACCUGAGAUAUCUCCUGUCAGGUGCAGUGCAGUUCUCGCCUGCUCUAGUUUCACCCGAGUUGCCACCUGUCAGGUGCCUUUCUCUGUUGCUUUCCUUCCACCUGAGAUACCACCUGAGUUACCACCUGGUGCGGAAGGGCAUUCAGGAGAUCAACAUCGUGGGGGACUCGCACCAGCGCGUUCUGUCCUUUCACCUGAGAUAUCUCCUGUCAGGUGCAGUGCAGUUCUCGCCUGCUCUAGUUUCACCCGAGUUGCCACCUGUCAGGUGCCUUUCUCUGUUGCUUUCCUUCCACCUGAGAUACCACCUGUCAGGUGUUUUCUCUCCGCUACUGUCAGGCUUUGCGGACGAGCGCAUGGUGCGGUCGCACGAGGACAUGAACUUCACUCUCGUCGGCUUCGCGGACGAGCGCAUGGUGCGGUCGCACGAGGACAUGAACUUCACAGUCACGGAUGAGCGCUCGAGCAAGGUUCUGCGAAUCAACUUCUACUGGGUGGACGGCAUCUACAGGAACCGCGAAUACGGCUGCUCGUUGAGAGGGCAGUACACGCACAACUACCACACCUUCCCCAACAUCUCCACAACAGCCAACGUGACAGUCAUAGAGGGCGGCUACUGGGCUGGCAAGUUGAGAGGGCAGUACACGCACAACUACCACACCUUCCCCAACAUCUUCACAACAGCCAACGUGACAGUCACAGAGGGCGGCUACUGGGCCGGCAAGUUGAGAGGGCAGUACACGCACAACUACCACACCUUCCCCAACAUCUCCACAACAGCCAACGUGACAGUCACAGAGGGCGGCUACUGGGCCGGCAAGUUGAGAGGCCAGUACACGCACAACUACCACACCUUCCCCAACAUCUCCACAACAGCCAACGUGACAGUCAUAGAGGGUGGCUACUGGGCCGGCAAGUUGAGAGGCCAGUACACGCACAACUACCACACCUUCCCCAACAUCUCCACCACAGCCAACGUCACAGUCAUAGAGGGCGGCUACUGGGCCGGCAAGUGGUGUGCCGAGCCGCUGCAAGCCCUCCGCGCCCGCCUCCCCGAGUUCUUCAUCUGGGCGCUCCUCGCCGCCCGGUCCAACCGCGCCCGCGUCGUCUUCCGAACGCCGCCGCCCGUCCCGAACGCCGGCUCGCAUUGCUUGGAUUAUGCGAUCAAGAGGGGUUUUGCGGGGCCCGCGACAAACCUGUACCUGGCUGCGGCCAAUCGGCAUGCACGCCAGCUGGCGGCAUCGGAGACGAGAGGCGCUGAGAUGGCGGUGUUUGAUUCGUGGGCCGUGGAGGCGCCGCGGUACGGCGACACCUGUCCCGGGGAUCAUCAUUACUCGUGCUUUUUGGGCGGGCAGAAGCGGACGAAGCCGGUUGUGAGGGGGGCGGUGGGAGAUGCAGUGGCGAGGACUUUCCUGCACUUUUUGCUGCACUCGCUGCGUAUGGAGGAUAGCAGCACAGCAGAAGAGCAAAAUAAUACCUGA